UGUUCAUCCAGAUCAAGAUGUCAGUAGGACAGGCUGAGAUGCGAGAUGACGGGAGGUGUGGUUGUGAGGAUGAGCAGAUUGAUAGAGCUGCAUGUUGUCUAUCUCGCAGUAAAGUUGUGUAAAUCCAGAAGAAAAGUGGGCUGCGCACCGAGCCCUGGGGCACACCACUGGUGGUUCGUGAUGAAGAGGCUUUUGCUCUUGUUGCUUCUGGCAGCCCUGAUGCACGUGACGUUGUCGCAGACUCGGAUGUUUUACUUCGUGCCGAAUAAUAUGAGCUGGUCAAAGUCGCAGACGUACUGCCGACAGCAUCACAUCGAUCUGGCCACCGUCUAUGACCGCACGGAUCUGGACGAGAUGAUGAGAGUCAUAAAGCAGGUUCACAUAGGAGUCGUGUGGACCGGACUGGGUCGGACGGAUGCGACCGCUUCCUGGAUCUGGUCCGAUCAGAGCCCGACCACGUUUAUUCCGUGGAGUCCCGGUCAGCCCAACAACUGGAACAACUAUCAGUACUGUGUGGCUGUGACUCAGGAUGCGGGUUUUAAUGAUCUGAAUUGUGAAAUUGCAUAUCCUGCUGUCUGCUACACUGAGAGAAGGAAGCAGACGGUGAGGCUGGAGCUCAAAUCAAGUCAAAACGUCAGUGAUCCUGCAGUGAAGACAGAGAUUCUGCAGAAGAUAGGAGAGAAGCUGAAAGAGAAGGGAUUGACAGAUUAUGCAAAACUGUCAUGGAAAAUCCAGCCAGAUGGAAAUAUCUUCCAGAAAAGCCAGAGGAGUAAAGCUACUCAACCUUAGUUUUAGUACUGUAAAUAGUACAGCAAGAACUCAGUCUUUGAUCUGACGCACAGUUUCUAUUUUAGCUGAUUACAUUUACAUAAUAUCAAAGAGUUUUUUAAGUGUUCACUGCAAUGUAGUUUUUUUUUAGGGGCCAAGCACCGAAGUUGCAUAGGCACCUGUAUCUGUUAGUAGUAUUCUUCUUGUUCUUCCCAAAUGGGAGUCUAUGGCAGCCAUAUGAACGGAACAUAGGAAAAUGAUGAAAAUUGGCACCCUAAUUAAGGUCAUUCUCAAAAGAACCCUGACUGAUUUUGGGGUCCCUAGUACCAACUCUACAGUGCCAUCACCAGUUCAAAAAUUCACAUUUUAAACUGUUAAAACUUCUGAAAAAUUUUUCCUGAUCUGUUUCCACUCAUUGUUUUGAAAAGUUUUGAAAAGUACACUAUUCUUUUUUUUUUUUGGCUACUCGUUCAAAUAUUUCUCUAAUUCCUUAUGAAAAUCAGCUCAGAUGAUCUUUGGACCAACCUGCACAGAAAUUAACAGAUUUUUUUUUUUUGGUAAUUAAUCUUUGUUCAAAAGUUGUCACAAGAUGUUGACCCAGAACUGGUUCAGAGGCUGUGUCUCAGCUAAAUUUUGAUCAGUCGAAAUGAAACUCAGUACACUUCAUAAGCACCAUGAUCUGAGGGUACAUGCCAAAUUUUGGAACAGCGCCACCCAUGGUUCAUGAGAUACAAAAAAUUGCUCUUCUGCUUAUAACUUUUGAACAGUCAGAAAAUCGUAGUUAUCUAUCGAUUCCUUGUAUCAUGCUGAAUCUGUGGAUGCCCAAUUUUGCCAGGAUUUGCCAUUUUGAAAUUUGAAAUAAAUUGCAAUAUCUUUUGAACAAUUGACAGAUCAGCACAAAAAGUGAUAGGGAUCAUUGACAGCACGUCUUGGAAGUACCUGAGAAGUUUGAACACAGCGCCGCCUUGUGUUCCAGAGAUAUAAGGAUUUUCGCAAAAACUUUUAUAGUUUUUGACAACAUUGUCCAUAUUGAAAUUUGAAUUGGAUCAGAUGAUCUUUUGACUAAGCCGCACAGAAAUGACUGAACAGAUUUUUGGUAUUCACUGCGGUUCCCAAGAAAUAUGUCUCCGAAAACUGAUCAUGCCUGUGCUUGCGGACUUAUGCUAAUUAGAUUAGCAUGCUAACCAGUUGCCAUUCUUUCUAUUUUAGCUGUUUUUGCUCUGCACCUUAAGUGCUUGGCCCCUAAUUGCUGCUGCCAGCUGUGUUUAAGAUUAAUUUGUUAUUAAUAAUUAAUGUUACAGGUUGCACUCUUGUUUUAUUUAAUACGGCCUAGGCUGCAUUAAUGCACAAGCUUAUCUGGGCUGUAACUGCAUUUUAUAAUGAGUUGACUGCUCCUUUAAAAUGACGCUUUAUUGCCUUGCUUUGAAUGCAUGAGCAGGCGUUGCAAGUCACUAAAGUGUCAGUCAGAUGUUGUCACUCACUAAACCCUACAAUUGUCAGUGACACCCUGUCUGAAAUCCGAAAAAUAUCCAUAAUUGCUUAAAGUUUCUGUAAAGUUCCUCUGUAUCAAACUCAUGUGACGUAGGCUGCUUAACUGCAGUUCAGAUAAAUGAGUUGAUGUCACAUCGCUGUCCUUGACAAUAUAAAAGUGGAAGUCAAAAGAGAAAUGUAACCAAAAAUAAAGUUGAAAGUCAGUCGAGUUUGUUGAAGAAAAUUCCAAAGCCACCCAAUAAUUGCACUGAGCUUUGUGCUUUGUUACUUGAAAGAUUACACAAAUUCUUAGCGUUUAAAUUGGCUAACUGAAAUGGACACAUUUCAGUUUU